GGCGGGAGCGGCGCCGGGAGCGCGCAGGGACGCGGCCGGGCCCGGCGGGCGCGGCUCGGGUUCGAGCCGGCCGGCAGGAUGAGCCGGUUCCUGAACGUGCUGCGCAGCUGGCUGGUGAUGGUGUCGGUCAUCGCCGCCGGGAAUACCCUGCAGAGCUUCCGCGAUCACGGCUUCCUCUCUGAGAAGCUGUACACCGCCAGCCCCGGCCUCGUGAAUGGGCUCCAGGCUCGGACCUUCGGCGUCUGGACCCUGUUGUCAUCAGUGAUCCGCUGCCUCUGCGCAAUCGACAUCCGUAACAGGACCCUCUAUCACAUCACACUCUUUACCUUCUUUUUGGCCCUUGCUCACUUCCUCUCUGAGGUCUUCAUCUACCACACUGCCGCCUUGACAAUUGGAGUUAUGGCACCCCUCAUGGUAGCAAGUUUCUCUAUUAUGGGGAUGUUGAUUGGACUGCAAUACCUGGAGGUAGAAGCGCUAUCACAAAACAAGAAGAAAAACUGAAGUUGAGGGAUUUUUGUGGAUCAGUGUCAUCUUCUACCUUCACUGCCAGACUUCCAUGAAAGCUCAGCUGAAUUUCUCCAGGACACCAGUCCCGCUGGUGGGUCAGUGUCAGACUGUGUCAAUCACUGUCAUUACCAAGUUGUUUUUGUCUUGUCCAGGCAACAUUUCAACUGACUGAUGUCAAAGACCAAGUCCCAGUGGAGUUUGUGUCAAAGCUUAUGGGAGACAGUUGGUGACUGACUCCCUGGGUAGCAGGCAAAAGUCUCUGGCAUGCCCAGAGCUCUAAGGACUUUUGUCCCGGUGUACUUGUGGGGACAAGAUGCAAGAACUAUCCAGGAUGUGCUGAACACUGGACCAGAGAGAAUGGGUGCUACCCCUGGCAUUGCCGUGUAACUUGCAUGUGUGUGUUCCCCAGGGGCCGUUUCUAAUAAAUGACCAAAAACUGCA